GCUGGCUGCAGAGGGGAUCACUCUGUGUUUUUUGGUUCGGAUUGUGUUGUGGUGGAAAGCCAAAAGAAACAGCAGUGGAUGGCCAUCAGUAUCAUUUUCACUAUCAAUCACUAAAGGGCCAUUGUGGUCCCGUCCUGUAAACGGCGCCAGUGUAAGCAGGCAGGCAGACAGAGAAAGAAGAAGAGAGAACAGAAGGAAGAAGGGGGAAGAGGGGGCAGGCUGGCUGCAGGGAGAACCAGGGGGAGAGAAUGGUCGGGGAACAGUCUGGAUGCCCACCUCAGCUCCUCCUGUGGGGAUGGAGAACGCUGCUGCUGUCUCAGUGCCUGUCCUCUGUGCUCUCCCAGGUCCCGGAUCCUGAGCUUUUACCCACACCGCCCCCGAAGAAGCCGGACCCAGUUAACUCAGAAACUGUCGUUUUCUGGGGGCUGAGAUUAUGGCAGGUCAUUGGAAUCUUUUCAGUGUUUGUGUUGGCUGUUGUUAUUACUCUGUGCUGUAUUUUCAAAUGCCGUAUCCCACGGACAAAAAAGGAAAUUGAGGCACGGCAUGCACAAAGACUAGCUGCCAAAAAAUAUGCCAACACAUUAGAGACAGUGCCACCGCUGAAUGAGCUGACUGAGAUCCCAGGAUCUGCAAAACCAGAAGAAAAAACUGAGGUUCCAACAGUGUCCGGGAAAGUGGAUGGUGAAAAAGGAGAAAAGAAGAGCAAGGAGGGAAAGAAAGACAAGAGUGCCAAAGAAGGGAAAGGGGAUGACAAUGAGGCUUCUACAAAAAAGAAGGGGGAAAAGGGAGAGAAGRGUGAAAAGGGAGAAAAGGGGGAAAAAGGAGCGUCCAAGAAAGAAGGUGGUGAAGGAAAAGGCAAGAAGAGYGACAAAGGAGAGAAGGAUGAAAAAGGAGGCAAAGGAGGUGCUAAAGGGGGAGGCAGAAAAUCACAAAAGUGAACUGUGAUCCCUCUUAAAGAAAAAGAUAACUGUUUUAUAUUUCACUCAGCAAAAAACUAUACUUUUCUAAAAUAAAGUUUGUACAUUCUAUUAAAAGUGGAGUUAAA